CGUUGCAAAGGCUGCGACCCACAAGAACCGGUCGGUCGGGCCUCGACCUCAACUGGUGGCACUGGAUGACGAGCGAUCAGUCAAUCGACGGAAAACUAUGCCAUUUUUGGGUCAGGACUGGCGCUCACCUGGGUGGAGGUGGAUUAAGACAGAAGAUGGUUGGAAAAGAUGCGAAUCCUGCAGGCAAGAACUUGAGAGCGAAAACCAGUGUAGCAACCUCAGUCAUAAUCUCCUCUUAAGUAGUGAAGAUGAAGAAAUAUUCAAUGCUGAAGAGUGCGAAUAUGCUGCCAAAAAAAGGAAGAAAGAUCAUUUCAGAAGUAACACAAGUACCCAGUGUUUCUAUCGAGAAAAAUGGAUAUAUGUCCACAAAGAGAGCACCAGAGAAAGACAUGGCUAUUGCACCCUGGGAGAAGCCUUCAACCGCUUAGACUUUUCAAGCGCGAUUCAGGAUAUCCGACGGUUCAACUAUGUGGUAAAACUACUGCAGCUAAUUGCUAAAUCCCAGUUAACUUCAUUGAGUGGAGCGGCCCAAAAAAACUACUUCCAUAUUUUGGAUAAAAUUGUCCGAAAAGUCCUGGAGGACCAUCAAAAUCCUCGUCUAAUCAAGGAUCUUCUCCAAGAUCUGAGCUCUACGCUCUGUAUUCUCAUUAGAGGAGUAGGAAAAUCAGUCUUGGUGGGGAACAUCAAUAUUUGGAUUUGUCGUUUAGAAACCAUUCUUAGCUGGCAGCAACAGCUAAAAAAUCUUCAGAUGAACAAGCAUGUCAACAAUGGCCUUACCCUUAGUGAUCUCCCCCUGCACAUGCUAAACAAUAUAUUCUAUCGAUUUUCUGACGGCUGGGACAUCGUCACUUUGGGUCAAGUGACUCCGACUUUGUAUAUGCUCAGUGAAGACAGGCAGUUGUGGAAGAAGCUUUGUCAGUAUCAUUUUGCUGAUAAACAGUUCUGUAGGCAUUUGAUCCUCUCCGAAAAGGGGCACAUUGAAUGGAAGCUGAUGUAUUUUGCUCUUCAGAAAUGCUACCCCAUCAAAGAGCAGUAUGGCGACACUUUACAUUUCUGCAGACACUGCAGCAUCCUCUUUUGGAAGGACUACCACCUUGCUUUGUUGUUCAAGGACUCGGGCCACCCGUGCACUGCCAGCGAUCCAGACAGCUGUUUCACACCGGUGUCUCCGCAGCACUUCAUCGAUCUCUUCCGAUUUUGACCGCCCCCCUCCCUGGGGACUCCGUUUAGUCGUCUUGGAAAAAGAGACCGUACUGUUCGCUCGUCGGGCAGUAUCUGGAGGUGAACGUCGGCGGGGAGAGGAAUGUCGUGACGGGAGGUCGAGAACAUUCCCGACGAGAUGUAUUUGCUGAAAAUGUAAGAAAAAAAAAAGACUGGUUUCAUAUUGAA